UCUCACCGAAACAAGUUCUAGAUAUGAACAGAAAGAUAGACGCGAACAAUUCCACUACCAGGUUGGAGCCGCAACUGUAGCAGGCUGCGGUCUUGGGACCGAGACAGCUAGUCGUUGAGGAAAUAGCACGUGUUGGAGCAGAUUGGAGGGUCCAGUUGAGGGACCGAGUCGUAAGAAGAGGAACUAGGGCGUGGAAGCUCGUUCCCGCGCGAAAUCUUUGACGGAGCAGUAACCGAAAAGGAAGGGCAGCUUUGUCCUUGGUGUCAAUGGAAGGAGGCGAUCUGUUUCAAUGCCCUACUGAGGUCCUCCGCAAAAUAAAUGGAUUCAUCCGUGCUCUGGUUGUGGACCUCGGCCACAAUCAGCGCCUUUCGAUCGCUGUAGAUCGCCACCGGAUCUUCUGCUCCGAUUCGUCCGGAAACUGCUUUUGCAGCUCUGACUUACCAUAUGGUAUUGAAAUAGUAUCACUCGAGAAGGAAGGGCAUGCAUGCAGAUUGUACAUUCUUCUUAGGGUUCUUAUGAUAAUACAACAACUGCUCCUUGAAAACAAACAUGGAUCGAAAAGGGACAUAUACUACAUGGAACAAUCUAUCUUCACUGAUCAAGCGGUAAUCAAUCGUGCAAUAAACGACAUAUGCAUACUUUUGAAGUGCAGCCAACAUCAUUUAAAUGUGGUGCCUGUAGGAAAAGGUCUGGUCAUGGGUUGGUUAAGAUUUUUGGAUGCUGGCAGAAUUAUUUCUUGCAUAGAAAGUCCCAGCACUGCUUAUAUGAUUCCUGUUUGCGUUGAAGAAGUUGAAGAUAUCUUGUCGCAUAAAGUUGACGUUAUUGAUACUACAGAUAUUGUGAGUGUUGCUCAAUACAUUCUUGUUGUGGAGAAAGAAUCAGUUUUUCAGCGCCUGGCAAAUGACAAAUUUUGUGAAAGACAUCAUUGCAUAGUCAUCACAGGGCGAGGCUAUCCAGACGUUCCUACUAGAAGAUUCUUGCGAUUACUUGUCAAAGAACUGCAUUUGCCAGCAUACUGCUUAGUGGAUUUUGAUCCUUAUGGUUUUGAUAUCUUGACAAUUUACAGAUUCGGUUCAAUGCAAAUGUCGUACGAUGCAAAGCUGCUGCGUGUCUCAGAGAUACGCUGGCUAGGAGUAUUUUUUUCUGACCUUGAAAGGUACCAACUUCCAGAACGUUGCCUCCUGACCUUGACUACUGAAGAUAAGAAGAAAGUUGAAGCAAUGUUGUCAAGAUGUUAUCUGCAUCAGGAGGCUCCACAGUGGAGGUUGGAACUAGAGAUGAUGCUGCAUAAAGGGGUGAAGUUUGAGAUAGAAGCAUUGGCAGCUUAUUCAUUAUCAAUUCUUGCAGAUGCGUACAUCCCUCGUAAGAUUCAGGGAGGCCAUAUUUGACAAACCAAAUUUCUUGAUUCAACCAUUAUUUUACAAUUCAAACAAGUAGUCAUGUUUUUGUGUUACUGAUAUGAGGGGAUGAUAACCCAUAAGCCAACACUGAUGAACCAGAAUUACAAAAAGGAUAGAAAUUGUGAAAUGGUUGAAAAAAAUAGUGGGGACUCGGGAGUCUUGCUCGGCAAUGCAGUUAGGGCUGCAGAGCAGGAUACUUGUGUUGUUGAAGCGAAGUGUUGGAGGUGUCUAGUGUUCAUCAGUCACACUACUCUUCUUCUUCCAAAACUUUGUUUGGAUGGGAGGAAAUGAAAUGAAUUCUAAAUCAUUCGCUAGCUCUGGAUUUCCUAGUGCCUUCAUUUUCUUUUACUCGUAGCAAACAAAACACGGCAAAAAACUUCACUUUCUAUGGAUUUCCAUUGCAUAGGAAAAUGGUAUUGGGGGAGUGUUUGUUGGAGAGAAGUGCAUUUACAUGGAUGAUACAGAAGUGGAAGUUUAUUGCUCUCAGCGGACAAGCAAUUUAUUCUCUAUUGUUCCUCUUUCCUUAACUAUUUUUUAUUCGUUGAUCUUCUAGGCGGCCCAAACCUUUCUCUACCAGUCCAUCUACAAAUCGGAACAUGCCUACAUUGUUUUUUUCUCUAUUUCCACUUGAGAGUUUUUUUCUACGUUUUGAUUUAUUUUUUAGGCUUCUAUUGUACGAGAA